ACUGAAGAAGAAACACAUUUACUUUUGUUGUGUGUGUUGGGUGAAAGCGGUACAGGGGGAAAUGUUGUCAAAAGCUGUGAAAACGUGUUUUUCCGGUGUGAAAAAUGUAUGUCGAGGUGGACAAGUACUUUCUACUGCAAAUACCAGAUUGCAACACAGCCAGCCCCAGGAAGGGGAUGCUCCCCCGUCCAAUCGUCCGGAGACGUCCAGCGCCAAGACUCUGAUGGACAUCGGUACCCGCAGGAUCUUCAACGAGGACCAUGACAUGUUCAGGGAGAGUGUCCGACGUUUCUGGACAGAGGAGGUGGUGCCCUACCACAAGGAGUGGGAGAAGGCAGGUAUGGUGAGCAGGGAGCUAUGGCAGAAGGCUGGGGAGCAGGGUCUGUUGGGGAUCCUCACUCCAGAGGAGCACGGUGGGAUCGGAGGAGAUCUGCUGUCUGCAGCUGUGAUGUGGGAGGAGCAGAUGUACUCUAACUGCUCUGGCCCAGGCUUCGCCCUCCACUCUGAGAUUUGCAUGCCCUACAUCAGUAACUACGGCUCCAAGGAACAGAUCGAUCGCUUCAUACCGCAGAUGGCUGCUGGGACCUGCAUCGGGGCUAUCGCCAUGACGGAGCCAGGAGCUGGCAGUGACCUCCAAGGUGUCAGGACGUACGCUAAGAAGGACGGCGAUGACUGGAUCCUCAACGGUAACAAGGUGUUCAUCACCAACGGUUGUAUGGCCGACAUGGUGAUCGUGGUGACCGUAACGAACCGCGAGGCGAAAACAGCGGCCCACGGGAUCAGCCUCUUCCUGGUGGAGAAAGGAAUGCCGGGCUUCCAGGCGGGCAAGAAGCUGGAAAAGAUUGGCCUGAUGGCACAGGACACGGCCGAGCUGUUCUUUGAGGACGUGCGUCUCCCUGCUUCUGCCCUGCUGGGACAGGUCAACAAGGGCUUCUACUACCUGAUGAAUGAGCUGCCACAGGAGCGCCUGCUGAUUGCAGACAUGGCCAUCGCCAGCAGUGAGUUCAUGUUUGAGGAGACCAGGAACUAUGUGACACAGAGGAAGGCUUUCGGCAAGACCAUCGCUCACCUUCAGACAGUGCAGCACAAGCUGGCAGAGCUGAAGACUGAGAUCUGUGUGGGCCGCUCCUUUCUAGACAACUGUCUCCAGCUCCACUCAGAGAAACGCCUGGACUCUCAAACAGCCUCUAUGGCCAAGUACUGGGCGUCUGACCUCCAGAACUCUGUGGCCACCCGGUGUCUGCAGCUCCACGGAGGCUGGGGCUACAUGUGGGAGUACCCCAUCGCCAAGGCGUUUGUGGACUCCCGUAUCCAGCCCAUCUAUGGAGGCACCAAUGAGAUCAUGAAGGAGCUGAUCGCCCGCAGUAUCGUCAGCCAGAAGUGAGGGAGACGUCCCAGUGACAUCACCAUGGAGGAGAGCUGGGGAGUGGUUAACAUAACAGGCUCUUACACCAACAGCAGUUUUGACUGGGUUAGCUACUUAGCUUGUUGUCGGUGCCUUUUAAAGUGAUUGUCAUGGUGAUUGAAGGUAGGCCAGUGGUAUGUCUGGGGUGAAUCUGAACUUUCACUUAAGUCAAAUUUUCACUUAGUCUCCCAUUGACUUCAAUGCAUGACUGAGAUAAAAUGGACUUAAGUGGAACUUAGGAUUCACUCCUCUUUGAAUAAGCAUGGACUGAAAUAAUAGAUAUUUAGGGUUUCUUUAUUUAAUUUAUUUGCUAAUAUUGCCUGGGAAUAUGUGUUUUUAACGCUCUAGAUGUAGGGUUGUUUAUCCCUUUCCUUGGGCAUCUACAAGGCAAACAAUAUUUUAUUGAAUCCAUCCAUACAUCCUUUCACGCUUGAAAUCUCAAGAGAUUGAAACAAUGAUCAAAUGCACAGAAUGAAAUUGUAUAUAUUUUUUUUAACCACCUUUGUUUGUGUCCAACUGUUUGUCCUGGUGUGUUUAUGGGGGUAGAAAACGAAAUGGUAUAGUCACGUAAGUUAGAAUGUUGUAGUUUGAAUGAAAGAUGUUACAGUAUUUUAUCCAUCCAUGUGCCUUUUGUCCAAACCGGAAGUACCCUUGCUCUCUUCUACUUAUAACUAUUAAUGAUCAUCAUUAAAACACCACAACAAGCCGUGUAUUAGAACAUUGCAGUACGUUUGAUUGUUGUGUUAGAUUUGUUUUAUUUUAUCUAAACACCACCUUAAUGUUGAUUUGAAAUAUAAUAUUGCUUGUUUAUUAAAGUUAUACAAUUUUGGUGA